GUUUGAGUGACAGUCAGGGGGACAGACGGGGAUGACUGGUUAGUUUUGACUUGACUGUCUCACUAGUCUGACUUUCACGAGAGACAGACAGGACACGUCAAAACAUGGUCUGGUUGCAGCGGUGCAUUGUUAAGAGAAUUCUCCAACAGUUUUCUCCAGGGACUCAAGAGAACACUAGAAGUCUGUUAUCCGGUUUUUCUUCUGCGUUGCUUCAUGGUCAAAGAGCUGCCGGGCACUCGAGCAUAUCAGGUUUAAGGGAGCGGACUCUUAUAGUAGUUAAGCCAGAUGGAGUUCAGCGUCGUCUUGUUGGACAAAUCAUUCAGCGGUUCGAGCAGCGCGGCUUCAAGCUGGUUGGCCUGCAAAUGUUGCAGGUGUCUGAGGAUCUCUUGUCUCAGCACUACUGCCAACUGAGAACUAAGCCCUUCUAUCCAAGCCUCCUGCAUUACAUGACUUCUGGACCUGUGGUUGUCAUGGUGUGGGAAGGGCACAAAGUGGUCCAGACCUCACGUAUGAUGGUGGGGAAUACUAACCCAGCUGAGGCCCAAGCAGGCACAGUCAGAGGAGAUUUCAGCAUUCAUGUCAGCAGGAAUGUGGUUCAUGCCAGUGAUUCACUGGAAGGGGCACAGAGGGAGAUCCAGCUUUGGUUUCAAGGAAAGGAGCUCCUGAACUGGGACUGCUGUGAUGAGGCCAGCACCUGUGAGGUGUGAAGACGCUGAGAGUGAAACGCAGUGAGAAUCAGUAAUACUACCUCUUCUCCUGCUGCUCAAAGGUCUGUCUCUUGUGACAGUGAGACCAAAAUGAUUGAAAAAGGCGAACCAUGGUCGGUGCUCCUACCAAAUAAUUUACCUCAGAAAGUACACUUAAAAUCACAAAGAUUUUUGUUGAACCUAAUGUGAGUUUAUUAUAAUCCAAGCUAUGGUAGUAAAUAAACAUCUAAAUUUAUAGAUAUUGCAUCUUUCAUUGAAGACCCCUAAGAGCAGAAGUUUGCUGUUAGUCCCAGGAUGAGAUGUUUGUAGCUAUUAUUUGUCAUUCGGGCACUUGCUGUGAAUAGAGAAUAUUUUAUCAGUAUGUGAAUAAAUUAAUUAAAGAUGAAUGACAGACUUUU